GCAUGGAGUCCUUGACUAUGAAUGAAAGUCAGUGGACGACACUGCUCCAAGGCAUGCUGUUUGUGCCUUCGGAUACACUGGCGGAUCCGACACCGGCGGAGAUAGAAAGGAGCAACCUGGCUAACCUGAUGAUGAAUAUGAUGCGAGCGAUCAUGUGGAACAAUACGAUGUUAAUGGUGCAAAUACACGAGGGCAGACAGCUGCGACAGUUUCAGCAGAAUGAUUCUGCAGCCUUAACAACUGUUGUUCGCGCUGCCACCACACAUCAGCAACAACAGCAACAACUGUUGAGCACCACCACCGCACGCGUCAACAACAUCGAGGCUAAGGCCUCAUCAGGGUCAGGCUGCACGACAGACGAGACGAAGCAGCUCAACGGGCGCAUCGAUCAUGUCGUCAAUCUCAUCGGUGACAUAAGUGUUUUCAAUAGGCCGGACACGAUCAGUAGCACGAUGGCCGCCAUCAAGACGGACGUCACCAGGCUGCAGACGAGACCGGACGCCGCUACGAAGACUUACAAGAUGCCGCACUUCGACAUCAGCAAGUUCGACGACUACAACAAGUCGGAUGCCUUAACAUGGUGGCAACGUUUCCUCACGGAAGCAUCAUGCCGCACUGUCCCGACGGACGACAUGACGAAGGCGCUCUACUUGCAACUGAUUGGAGGAGCGCAAGCAUGGAUGAACCAUCUGGCGGCUACCAAGAAAUGCACCAUCGCCAAACUCCACACGCACAUUCCGUGGAAGGAGUUCGAGCAACUGUGGUUCACUCGCUUCAUGGUCCGCAACGUCGUGAAGGCGGCCAUGAACGAAGUGUACACAUGCUCACAAGGGAGUAUGCCAACUCGAGACUGGACAACCAAGUGGCAAAAGAUAGUGCCCAUGCCAGGCUUCGAUUUGAGCUUUACCUAUCAACGAUCCGAGUUCUUCUCGCGAUCAUGCGCAGGACUGCGAACCGCACUCGGCAACGAGUACGAUUACGCCUCAUUCCAGGCUAUCCUGGAUCGUGGGAACUUGGUCAUCCAAACGGACGACAAGGCCGCAAACGAACGGCAGUCCCAGCAGCAUUAUGUGGCUAAGCCGAGCUAUCAACGACCGACACAUAGCAAUGCCGUGAUUUCUGAAGAAACAGUCGAUCUCCACGCUGCAACAACAUCCUCGAGUGAUGGAGGAAUUGUAGCAGCGCUUCCGCCGAAGCGUCCCAAGAGAGUUCGGAAGAACAAGGCGACACAAGAGACGGCAUCGAUGGGAACUGGGCAGCAGCCAUGGACGGCUUACAAGAUAACCAAGGAUCCGGUGUCUUUUGACAUCCUCGACACCAAGUUCGACAUGAUUCUAGGCAUGUCUUGGUUGCGUAGCGCCGAUCAUCCGGUGAACUUCCAUGACCGAACCGUUCACAUCCGUGAUCGGAACGGAGUGUUAGUCCCAUGUACGGUCGCGACCCCUCACACUUCGAUUGUUUGUCACGUGGUUUCCGUUGCGAGAAUUCGCGACGCCAUAGCUCAGAAUGACGUCGAGGAGAUGGGCGUUGUAUUCUUGCACGCUCUCCCCUCGCCGGACGGACCAGCCGCGUCCCCGCCGUACCCACGCAUCACUCACCUCUUGGACGAGUAUGGAGACGUCUUCGAGGCGCCCACCGGAACGGUUCCGGAUCGGCCCGUAUGUCACGGGAUCACUCUCGAGGCUGGCGCCGUCCCUCCKCGUGGAUGUAUCUACCGCAUGAGCGAAGAGGAACUCGAGGUGCUUCGCGCACAACUCGAUGACCUUCUCGACAAGGGUUGGAUUUGCCCUAGUUGCUCGCCAUACGGUGCACCUGUUUUCUUCGUCCGGAAGAAGAACAAAGAUCUACGGUUAUGCAUCGACUAUCGCAAACUUAACGCACAAACCGUAAAGAACGYCGGCCCUCUCCCUCGGAUUGAUGAUCUCCUUGAGCGGUUAGGCGGCGCGACGUACUUCUCGAAGUUGGACUUGAAGUCGGGCUAUCACCAGAUUGAAAUCCAACCUCAAGAUCGGUACAAGACCGCGUUCAAGACGAGGACGUUGGACAAGCACAUCACACACCUUCGCGCUAUUUUGAAUCGUUUGCGACUGGCCAAGUACAAAGCGAACCGCGACAAGUGCGAGCUCGCCAAACAAGAGCUUGAGUAUUUAGGCCACUAUGUUACACCGAAAGGCAUUCGUCCCUUAGCGGACAAGAUCCAAGCCAUCGUGGAUUGGCCGGAACCCCGUUGUACGACGGAUGUACGCUCUUUCAUGGGUUUGGCUGGAUACUAUCAGCGAUUCAUCGAGUCAUACUCGAAAGUGGUCGCUCCUUUGUCGAGACUUCAAUCCCCAAAGGUGCCCUUCGAGUUCGACGACGCAGCCCGUGGCGCGUUCACUACGUUGAAGGCAGCAAUGCAAGCCGCACCUGGCCUCCGUAUAUACGACCCCACUCUACCCACCCAGGUGACUACGGACGCUUCGGGAUACGGUAUUGGUGCGGUGUUGGAACAGUGUCACGAGGACGGUUGGCAUCCGGUUGAGUAUUUCUCCCAAAAGGUGCCUCUCGUCAACACUCUCGACGACGCGAGGAAGAAAGAGCUACUCGUGUUCGUCACCGUUCUCAAACGGUGGCGCCACUUUCUUCUCGACCGUCGGCGUUUUAAAUGGAAUACGGACAUCACUCCGUUGACCUUUUACAAAACGCAGGACACGGUCACUGGCACGAUCGAUCGAUGGUGGAGAGAAAGCACGGAUCUUCGCUGAUCUCCUUUUGCCACAGGCUGCCGACAUAGACGUCCCUUGCUCUCCCACUUCCGUUCGGAAGUACCGGGACUUGCUGAUCAAAGCC